GUUUGUACACCUUCGGCAUCAUCAUCAUCAUCAUCAUUGUUUUAACGGGAGCAUAGAGAGUAGCAAGUACCAUCGGCGACAGUUAAGCGACGGGCGUAAGAUACACACAGCGACUUUAUCGAGGUGAUGUGACACAUGGCAGGACACGGCGAUCAUCGAGACUACAGCGGGGGCGGGCGCAACCAGGGCGGAGGAAACCGGAGUUGCGGUGGUGGUAACCGUGACUAUGGCGGAAGUCAACGCGGCUACGGUAGUGACCGUGGUUAUGGAAGUGACCGAAGUCAUGGAGGUGAUUGGAACCUUGGCAGUGACGGACAUUACGCUAAUCAGUGUCAGCAACCGCGGCGGGGUGCUGCUCCAGGACCCACUAGCUCAUCAGCGGGAGGAAGAUUGUCACCCAGCAGAAUGGAUCGAGGGAAAGCGCAAUCACAGUCUGAACCACUGGAAGCGAAAGUAGCGGAAAUCGGCAAAAACGUAGCGGCAGUUUGCCAGUUUGUAGAGAUUGAACAACAGAAGAAAGCAGCCAACGAGCGCAGGAAGCAGGAGAAGAAAGAAGCAGCCGCGCGUGUGGAAGCUGAGAAGGCAGAAGCUGAACAGAGGAGAAUUAAGAAGAAUGAGAAAGCUAGGAAGGCGGCUGAGCGGAAGGAGGAAAUGCAUAAGGCGCUCGACCUCAGGAUGGCGGUCCGAGUGGGUGAACUCCGCGAUGACGUUAGGGAGGAUAAUAUCUGCAAGGACGAGGGUAUUGCCUAUAACGGCAAAUUCGAGUUUAUCUUCGAUAUUGCUGCCCACCGCACUCGCACCCUAUAUGGACCAGACGAAGAAGAGGAGGCUGAGACCUCCGUUGCAGCUGAAGCUGAGGAUACCGCCGAAGAGGAUGAGAAGCAGGAUACCGAAUGAUGUGGUUUCAGUAUUGCUAACCUUUGGGAGAUCGUAUGUUGCCUAACGA